AGUGGGUUUGGCGACGAGUAUGAAGCGAGGGCCAGACAACGAGAGCGUACACAGUGGUGGGUAGUAUAUGGGCUUUGGUGACAAAACUGAUGGCACUGUGAUAGACUGCAUCCAAUUUGUUGAGUAGGGUGUUGGAGGCUAUUUUGUAAAUGAUAUCACCGAAGUCUAGGAUCGGUAAGAUGGUCAGUUUUACGAGGGUAUGUUUGGCAGCACGAGUGAAGGAUGCUUUGUUGUGAAAUAGGAAGCCAAUUCUAGAUUUAACUUUGGAUUGGAGAUGUUUAAUGUGAGUCUGGAAGGAGAGUUUACAGUCUAACCAGACACCUAUGUAUUUGUAGCUGUCCACAUAUUCAAAGUCAGAACCGUGCAGAGUAGUGAUGCUGGACGGGUGGGCAGGUGCAGGCAGCGAACUAUGACCAAACAUCGUCCCCUCCCAAAAAACGCAAUUCAAUUGUUGCCAUAACACAGUUAGAGUCACUAACCCUUGUGAUAACAUGAACACACUAACCAACUCUGCUAGGGCGAGCAAGAGUCAAAUGGUCAGAGUGAGGUGUUCUCUCAUAUGUCUGGAAGUAGCUUGCAAGCUAGCCAACGUUAGGCAGAUAGCUUGGGAAUCCAGGACAAGUGACAUUUAUUGUUUAGAUCUAGAAUCGUGGACAUGGUCCGAAAUUACCAGAAACCACUGUGCCAAUGGGAAGGUCGUGGCAUACCCUAACCGCAAUAUCUGAUAGUGCUAUUUCUAUUUGGAGGACUGGGUAUGGACUGCGAACCAAUGAGCGAUGGCUGGGCAUUUGAUGUAGAGACAAAGAAAUGGAGAGAGCAUCCAUACAUGAACAAACCAAGGUAGUGUAUGUGCUAGUUGUUAGCAGAAAGUGUUUCAUUUGCCAAUUUGAGGAAUGUACCUAAAAUGUGCAAAUGGUAAAACUGUUAACACAUUGUCUGACUCAGAGUGAAUUAUAGGAUCUCUAUAUGUAAUUCUAUGAUAUGGGCCUCAUUUCCCAGAGCUUUCAUAGCGUUAGUGUCAUUCUCACGAUUCACAUUCUUACGAUGUGCCAUUCUUACGAUUCACAUUCUUACGAUGUGUCAUUCUCACGAUUCACAUUCUUACGAUGUGUCAUUCUCACGAUUCACAUUCUUACGAUGUGUCAUUCUCACGAUUCACAUUUUUAAGAUGUGUCUUUAGUAGUGAAAGUGUUUCCUAGAGCCUUCGCUAGUAACGUGGCCGUUAAAAACCUUUUGCACAUCGACUGAUCCAGGCUGGGUGGGCUUUACUUGUCUCAUCGCGCUCUAGCGACUCCUUGCAGCGGGCUGGGAACCUGCAGACUGACCUUUAUUGUCAGUUGAACAGUGUUUACCCUGACACAUUGGUGCUGCUGGCUUCUGGGUUAAGCCAGCGGGUGGUAAGAAGUGCGGUUUGUCGAGUCAUGUUUUGGAGGACGCAUUACUCGACCUUCGCCUCCCGAGCCCGUUGGGGAGUUGCAGCGAUGAGACAUGAUCGAACUUGGGGAGUAAAAGGGGCGGUAAAAUAUAUAAAUAACUUCGGCAUGCUCAUAAUUAAUUUUUUUAUUUUUAAAGCAGACAUAUCUACCGAUAGCUGCCCUUCUUUCCAAAACAUUGAAAAACCUCCCUGAUCUUUGUGGUUGAAUCUGUGUCUGAAAUUCACUUCUCGACUGAAGGACCUUACAGAUAAUUGUAUGUGUGGGAUACAGAGAUGAUGUAGUCAUUCAAAAAAAUAAUGUGACUUGUUAAUUAAUUAAACGUUUACUCCUGAACUUAUUUAGGCUUGCCAUAAACACUUGAAUACUUAUUGACUCAAGACAUGUCAGAUUCUAAUUAUUUUUCAUUAGUAAAAAAUUCCCAAUAAAAAAUUCCACUUCGAUAUUAUGGGGUAUUGGGUGUAGGCCAGUGACACAAACUCUACAUUUAAUCCAUUUUAAAUCCAGUAACACAAUCAAAUGUUGAAAAAGUCCAAGGGUGUGAAUACUUUCUGAAAGCACUGUAGGCCUAUAGGCUAUACUGUAAGUAAGCCAUUUAUUUUAAUGCAGUCAUCUUCAAUUUUCAUUUGAAGCAUAUUCUUAUUUAUCCUUUGCUUGGUUGUUACAAUUGCAAAGACAACUUUGUAUUUGUCGUCAACUUUGUUGAAAUUGACUACAAAUCACGGAGAGGAGGAUUAACACUGUUUAGCAGAGAUCCUCUGUGUACACAGUGACGCAGGAAGGCAAAAACAGCUUUGGACAUACCGACAGUCAUUGCGCAAAAUAGUAUGCAACAAUCAUCUGGAAAUGUAUGCAACAAAAGUUCAACAUUCACCUUCUGUUACCAUUUCUGUCAAGCUGUCUACGCAUACAGUUUGACGCAUAUUUUCGCUAAACCCAACGUAUGCACCACACCAAACGCACUGCAACUGUCUCUGCAACGCAAUGCUGCAAGGCAUACGCAGUGUUUCAUUGGAAAUUAAUGUAAUUCUGGUGUACCAAAAUGCAAAUACACUGUCAGUGUGUUUGAAGCGUUAGCUGUACUAUGAAAGGUCUGAGACAGGCGUUAGAUUACGAGCGUUUUCAAGUGCAAUGUUAAUAGAUGGUUUUGGGAAACAGCUUGGAGAUUUAACGAUGUUCCUACGAAGAUUUGAAUGAUUAACCUGGCUCUUAAAGUCUCCAUCUUAUUUACUUUCGACCCUCAGGUUGUGGCACACAGCGUGCCAAGGGAAGGACUCUGAUGUCAUUGUGUUUGGGGGUAGUUGCGACUACAUCCUCCUUGUAGACACAGUAAGUAUUAUGGAAACCAUACAGGGAACGUAUGGUUCAAUGGUGAAUGUGCAUAAAGAUUGCGGCCCCCCAUGUACUUACGACAAAUGCCUCGUUUGCUAAGUUCGCCAUAUUGUACAAUGCUGUCGGUUACUCUUUUUUUGUAUCGGCAUUAGCGUAGUAUACAUGAUCCCAAUUCUAGCUCCAAGAUGGCGGCAAUUUGAAAAAAAAUGAAAAAGUACAUUGUGCUGAUUUAUAGGCAUAUUGAACAGCGCAGCAUAGUUUAGGAACUCUGUGGGUAGUGCUAAAAACAAGUACGUAAUACAUUAUAUAUACAAAAGUAUGUGGACACCUUCAAAUUAGUGGAUUUGGCUAUUUCAGCCACACCCGUUGCUGACAGGUGUAUAAAAUCGAGCACACAGCCAUGCAAUCUCCAUAGACAAACAUUGACAGUAGAAUGGCCUUAUUGAAGAGCUCAGUGACUUUCAACUUUGCACUGUCAUAGGAUGCCACCUUUCCAACAAGUCAGUUCAUCAAAUUUCUGCCCUGCUAGAGCUGCCCUGGUCAACUUUAUAUGAAGUUAUCAAGUGGAAAUGUCUAGAAGCAACAACGGCUCAGCCGCGAAGUGAUAGGACACACAAGCUCCCAGAACGGGACCACCGAGUGCUGAAACGCCUGGAGUGGAAAAGAGAUCUCUGGAGUGAUGAGUCACGCUUCACCAUGUGGCAUUCCGACAGAAAAAUCUGGGUUUGGCGGAUGCCAGGAGAACGCUAUCUGCCCCAAUGCAUAGUGCUAACUGUAAAGUUUGGUGGAGGAGGAAUAAUGGUCUGGGGAUGUUUUCCAUGGAUUGGGCUAGGACCCUUAGAUCCAGCGAAGGGAAAUCUUAAUGCUACAGCAUACAAUGAAAUUCUGGACAAUUCUGUGCUUUCAACUUUGUGGCAAGAAUUUGGGGAAGGGCCUUUGCUGUUUCAUCAUGACAAUGUCCUUGUGCACAAAGCGGGGUCCAUACAGAAAUGGUUUGUCGAGAUCGGUGUGGAGGUACUUGACUGGCCUGCACAGAGCCCUGACCUCAACCCCAUCAAACUCCUUUGGGCCGACUGCGAGCCAGGCUUAAUCGCCCAACAUCAGUGCCCAACCUCAGUAAUGCUCUUGUGGCUGAAUGGAAGCAAGUCCCUGCAGCAAUGCUCCAACAUCUAGUGUAAAGCCUUCCCAGAAGACUGGAGGCUGUUAUAACAAAGCAGGGAACCAACUCCAUUUUAAUGCCCAUGAUUUUGGAAUGAGAUGUUUGACGAGCAAGUGUCCACAUACCUUUGGUCAUGUAGUGUAUCUGAAUUCUUCCAUCUUUAUGCACCUUCGUCAUUGGGAUGAUUUGACCAUUUCUGACAGGAAGGAGAUUGCCUGGUAUUAUGUUAAAGCAUAUAUUAUUCAAAUUCAUAAACAGAAAGGGUCCAUACAGCAUUCAUUUAUGAUGAAUUAUGGAACAUAUGGAUGAUGAAUUAUGGUACAGAUGGAUUAUGAGUUAUGGAACAUAUGGAUGAUGGAAUAUGUGGAUUAUGAGUUAUGGAGUAUGAAUUAUGAAACAUAUGGAUUAUGAAUUAUGGAACAUAUGGAUUAUGAAUUAUGGAACACCUUUACAAGGAGCUGUUGUGGUUGGGUAUAUAAAGAAUUGUUUAUGACACAAUUCACAUUUUUUUUUACAAUCACCUUUCUUCAGGGUCACUGCAAUGAUGUAGUUGUUUUCCAGAUCCAGCCCUACCACCUCCUUCGGUAACGAAUCAAUUACGAUCAUUCGUUCAAUGAGGGAGAAUCUGUCUCAGCUAGAACACACUUUGAUAUUUUGGAAAUCAUGUUGACUGUUUGCCAUUACAUGGAUACUAUAACAUAGUGAAAGAUUAGUAUACUAAGCUACAUCUUCCAAAUGCAUGCAGUGCUCUGCCCUCUUAGCCGAUACUUUCACUGUUCCUUAAAACAUUUCUUUUUCACAGGAUAUGUGAGGAUUACAUAGCCAAGAAUGUGAAGAACUGCAAGCUGCUUCAAAAACAGCUUCCAUGUAUGCCCCCAAAACUACUGCCAGCUGUACAGAGGAUAAUGUCCUUUUUUCGGACAUCUAGGAAAAUAUAGCAUUUUCAUAUGUAAAUAUUAGUGGGAAAUUAUCAAUAGUAGACUACAGUAAAUUGAUAAUACAGAGUUCAUAGUUCAUACUCUAUGUUCCACGUAUUACUGUUGAUAAGGCCAUGCAGGGAAAUGUGGGAAGAUUUGUCUUUCAGAAGAUUGUAGUUAAUUAUCAUUAUGUAUCCAUAUAUAUUUUUUAUGUUUUACAGUUUAUUUUAUAUUAUGACUGUAAAUGGGUGUGUUUUCUGCCUGCAAACAAGACUGUUGUAAUGUUUGAUAUCAUAAUGUUUACAACUACAACUUUGCUUUGGCCACCACUUUAUAAUAACAACUUUUGAAGACAGUCAUAAAAAUGUGAAUUCAUUAAAAUUGUAUUAUGGCUAUUACACAAACGCCACACGAUUGGACGAGCCCUCUCCAGUACCUGGCUGCUGCGCUGCCUUGUUGCCAUGGUUUCGUCAACACACAAGACACUCGGCAGCUUGCUCCUGCGUUUACGCCACAACUCCGUGGUAACCUAGUCUACAAACAACUCAAAAGUACUGAGAAACUUGACUUUUGGCAGGUUGCGAAUGAUUUGCUGUAUUAUAUCGGUUCAUAUUUCGUGUAACACCUUAAAAUCGUUGUAGUAAAGUUGUUGUUUUGUGCUGGGAUAGCAAAGCUAGCUACAAGAGUGAAAAGACUUUGUGGCUACAGUAGCCAAGUUAGCUUCUCGCACCAAUAUGGAGUUCGGUUCCAAACUCAAGGACCUGAAUAUGACACCGGAUGAAAUGGGCCGCUUUACCAAGGCUUUUCAAAAUGAGGAAUUCAGAAAGAUGCUGCACGAAUACGCAGAGGAAAUAUCAAAGCCAGAGAACAAGAAGAAAUAUGAGGAAGAAAUCAAGUUGUUAGAACAAGAGAGGGGCGUGGACAUUCAAUUUGUCCACCCCAAACCUUACCGAGCCCUGAAGACGAGUAUGGACGGUAGGCAGAAGUGCUUCAUCAAUGUCUGCAGCAAUGACAUGAUUCGUAAACCUGAGUUUAGGAGGGUAGACGAGGCUGGCAGAGUAGGGCAGCAUUGGUCACUACCCCACAGCUUGACACCUGGAACGCCAGACAGGGAUGCAAAGGGGAAUAAGUACACAAUCUAUGAUGUUGUGUUUCAUCCAGACACUAUUCACAUGGCUGGAAACAACCCAAGAUUUAUGGAAAUGGUUGACAACACUGCUGUUGAGGCUGUCGAGAAUGGGGGCAAAGUGAAGCUAGACAAAAACAAUGUAAGAGUUUUGAAAAUCAAAUACAAAGGGACACUACACGCUGCCGUCAUGCGCAAGCCCUUACCUGGUCAACCUGCCAAGGAAAAACCUUCACCACUUGACAAUCAUCUCUCGUUCCCCUACCCCGACGAAAAGCAACCAGAUACGGCAACAAAUCAAAAGGAGAGCCCUAUACUGAAGGCCGAGAUUCAGUCCGACACCCAGAUCAGCCAGAGACAACAAAAUGUCAAUUCACCCAAGAAGCCAACGAAACCACAUUACACUCUAAAAUACAGAUCAUUCAUUGAUUUGCAAGAUUUCAGGUGCUCAAGAGAUUCAGCUCAGAGCCCACGCCCUAAAGAGAUUGUCAUCACUAUUGAUUUGCCUUUGCUUAGAUCUGUUGCGGAUGCUGAUCUAGAUGUGACUGAAAGACUUGUUAGUUUGGAAUCCAAGAAACCAGCUUACAGACUAGAGGUGCCGAUGGCAUAUCCAGUGGAUGAAAACAAGGGAGAGGCAAAGUUCAACAAGCAAAAGAAACAACUGGUUGUUACUUUACCUGUUCUACCUCUGAAGGAGCCAAUAGUCGCUGAAGUGUCUGGCUGGCAGCUUGUCAAUGAUGAUGGUGAAGAGGAUUUUGAGGAUAGUUGUGUAAGCGCAGCGCAGUCGGAAGACGCAACACGUGGCAAAGUAGAUACCCCCUACCACAACGGACUUGGCAAAGAAGAUACCCCCUACCACAGUGGACGUGGAAAAGAAGAUACCCCCGACCACAACGGACGUGGCAUUGAAGAUACCCCCGACCACAACGGACGUGGCAUUGAAGAUACCCCCGACCACAACGGACGUGGCAUUGAAGAUACCCCCGACCACAACGGACGUGGCAUUGAAGAUACCCCCGACUACAACGGACGUGGCAAAGAAGAUACCCCCGACCACAACGGACUUGGCAAAGAAGAUACCCCCGACUACAGCGGACGUGGCAUUGAAGAUACCCCCGACUACAGCGGACGUGGCAUUGAAGAUACCCCCGACUACAGCGGACGUGGCAUUGAAGAUACCUCCGACUACAGCGGACGUGGCAUUGAAGAUACCCCCGACUACAGCGGACGUGGCAUUGAAGAUACCCCCUACCACAGUGGACGUGGAAAAGAAGAUACCCCCGACCACAACGGACGUGGCAUUGAAGAUACCCCCGACCACAACGGACGUGGCAUUGAAGAUACCCCCGACCACAACGGACGUGGCAUUGAAGAUACCCCCGACCACAACGGACGUGGCAUUGAAGAUACCCCCGACUACAACGGACGUGGCAUUGAAGAUACCCCCAACCACAACGGACUUGGCAUUGAAGAUACCCCCAACCACAACGGACUUGGCAUUGAAGAUACCCCCGACCACAACGGCAAAGAAGAUACCCCCGACCACAACGGACUUGGCAUUGAAGAUACCCCCGACCACAACGGACGUGGCAUUGAAGAUACCCCCGACCACAACGUCAAAGAAGAUACCCCGACCACAACGUCAAAGAAGAUACCCCGACCACAACGUCAAAGAAGAUACCCCGACCACAACGGACUUGGCAAAGAAGAUACCCCCGACUACAGCGGACGUGGCAUUGAAGAUACCCCCGACUACAGCGGACGUGGCAUUGAAGAUACCCCCGACUACAGCGGACGUGGCAUUGAAGAUACCUCCGACUACAGCGGACGUGGCAAAGAAGAUACCCCCGACUACAGCGGUUGCAAUGAAGGGGACAUCUCAGAAGACGUUCACUCUGGAAAUGCCACAUCACUCCGGUCUGAAAAUCAACUAAUCUCAGUCCUGGAAGACAAGAUAGAGUUUUCUGAACAGUCUGGUGACAUUGAGGAGGACAAGCAACACAAACUGAAAAGUGGUGAAUCACACCAAGCUAAAGCUUCAGAGCCCACUGAGUUUGAUGGCAAGACUGGGUGCACUGACCAGAAUGAGGGACAGUCAGAUGACAAUAAUUUACAUGAUGAGGUGGAAACAGACCCAUCAUCCCUGAGCGAGAGAAUAGAUGACCCAUCUAACACUGCACCAAUGGUCAUCCCGUCCAAUCUUGACAACAAUGACCAGGCCAAAGACUGCUCAUCCCCCAAGAUCGAAGAGAUAGUUGAAAGUCAAGCUCCAACUAAGAUUAAACAGAAGACUGUGCAAUUCAGUGAGCAUGUGGAGGUGGCUCAGUCUCAGGAGGAAGAUGACCUGCCUGCUGAGCAGACCUUUCAGGACUGUAAUAUGAGACCACAGCAAGUACUGCUGACAGAAAUCAACCAGCAUGGACAAGAGGUGGUCAUUUGUGAUCAUACUACAUCUGCUGGUUUCGUUUUUCAAAACUCCUUUAUCUAUGACCUGGACUGAGUCUCCUGUCAAGGAACUUGCUCCGUCACAAAGAUACUAUAUGAAGUUUGUUGCUAAUUCAAUCCGUUGAGGUCUUGCGUGAAAACCUAAAGUCCUUUUAUCCAAUUGAGGGCAAUAGGAAAAAAAGUAUUUAAAUGGCAUUCUGCCCCUGAACAAGGAAGUUAACCCCCCUAGGCCAUCAUUGAAAAUAAUAAUUUGUUCUUAACUGACUUGCCUAGUUAAAUAAAGGUUAAAAAAAAAAAAAAAAAAUGGAAACAGAUGACAAAUAUCAUUUUAAACCUUCAGAAACUAAUUGAGACAAUGAUAGAUAUGGAUAGUUUCUUUAAUUUCCUUUCAAACUUGUACCAAUACAGUAAAAAAUAAAUCAACAUUUUUUGAAUUCCACAAACAUAUAAAAAUGUUUAUAUACACAAACACACAUUGUUUAAACAGAUAUUAACUACUAAUUGUCAUUUUAGUUUUCUCAAUCUGUACCACUGAUGGUGAAACACACUUGAAUGCAAAAUGUCUGAACAUCAGCACAUGUCCAAUCAGUGGUUACAUAAGAAGUUCUGAGAUGCGUGUUGGGUCCAAUGACCAAAGAGUUCAUACUGCACUUUACAUUACAGUCUACACUGGCUGGUCACCAUUGCCCUACACUGGCUGGUCACCAUUGCCUUCAGAAUAAUACCAAAAGCAUUAACCACGUUUCCAUCCGACCAUUUCAUGCUGAUUAAUUACCUAAUCCAUGGAAAAAAGUUACAACUGGGCUGAUGGAAACAGGAAAUGCCGUUACAAUUCUAUAAAUACCAAUACCAAUUAUUUGUGUCUAAAAUUAAUUAUGUGAGAAAUGACAGUGGAAACGCCUUUAUGUGCUAAUAUUGAUACAAUAACCAUCACAUCGAAGUAAACUUGGGAGUCAUGUGAUGAUAUGUUGUGUGGUCCUCCCACUACAAUUCGGGAAACCAUGCAUUUAUUAAGCUACAGAUGAACUAACUUAUGAACUUCACAGGGUGGUGAAAGAGCAGUGUUGAGCUUGAAGUAUUGACGGUCUUAUUCUGGUGACAUGAUGAUCGAUGCUUGCCUGCCAUUUGACAAAUAAUAUCACUCUGCUCCAUAAUAAAAUCUCAUCAUGUAGGUAGCCUACCUGCACUGUGUCUGUGAGCUGUUGGCUAGAGAGCACAUGCCAAGACCAGAGUGGGUACAUUUGCUGUAUAACGCAACAUUUGUGACAAAACCCAUCAGUAGACUUGACAAUACGAUGGAAACCCAUUUAACUUGUGUUUUCACAUUCCGUACAUGGGCUUUAACAAUGAAAAGUUAUUUUUACGUGCACUACGUCAUCACACAGCA